AAUAAAAAACAUUCAGAGGAACGGUGCAACUUUAGAGAACAGACGCCGAUCAUCUAUCAAGUCUUUCAGUGGUGGCCCGACUGCUGAAAAGCUUCAUCCAGUUCAGAAAUCACCUUUACUGAAGAACAGUGUCGAGAGGCUGUUUCCCUUAUGAAACACACAUCAGAAGAAGACACAGUGAAGGUCAAAAUGAAUGAAACGUUUCAGUGUCGUCGCAAGAUGAUUCUGGAUCCACAGAGAAGCAUGGAGUUGCUAACUGAAUUUCCACCUUUUUUGGAUGUUAAGGGCCUGAUUGAACAGGAUUUCGUCAGGAUUUUUGGUGAAAAAACAUCUGCAAGAUUUUUGGUUAUUCACCAAAGCAAGAGUCUUCACAUUUCCCAGGAUCUUCAGGAGCUGAUUGAUGCUGCAGAACUGUCUCCAAAUAAAGCUGAAAGAGAUUAUGGAUGGGACAGUGACCUAGCUUCAAUUCUUCUUCUCCCUUAUCUGAUACCUCCCUCGCCCCAAGGCCGUAAGAGACCUGGCAAGAUGUCGGCUUCUCAAGCUGAAAAGCAUCUUGUCGUCUUCAGAAAGUGGUGGAGGCAAUCCCAGCAUUCAAUGCGGCAUCAUUUUUCUGAUGAAAACGGACAAGUAUGGCGGACAGGAGUGAAACGGCGAGCGGUGCGGCCGGUGAAGUUAUUUUUAAAUGGAACAGAUCAGCGGUCGAAGCCUUUAUUAGGGCUCGAAUUGAAAAAGAGCGUCUGUUCACAGGAGGGAAAAACUCUGCUGUGUCAGCUUGGAAAACUGGGGCUGGAGGACAAGGUGUCCCCACAGCAAGCUCACAAAAAGUGGGACAAUCUGAAAAAGAAAUACAAGGAACUAAAGUGUCCACCAUCAGGGAGUGGUACAGACAACAGGGAAGUCACUGCAGCAACAUGGCCCUGGUUCAGCCUCAUGGAUGAAGCCCUAGGUAGCCGCCCAUCUAUUUCACCUCCUGUGCUGAUUGCUUCUUCUACUGAGGAAGAACCAGGGCCAUCUUCUGCUGUGACUUCCCAGCUGUCUGAGGAGAGAGGAAGGAGGAGGCAGGGAAGUUUGUUAGAACUCCUUAGAGAGGACAAGGAGAGGGAGAUCAAGAGAGAAGACAGGUUCCUGGACCAUCAGCAAUGGUGGCACAAAGUUGCUCCCUUAACUGACGACCACUUGUUGCUUCUGUGCUGUCUUCAUCCUGAGCCUCCUCUUCCUCUUCAGCAUCUGCUUCCCCGUCAGGCUGAACAAUAUCCCCUGCUCCCAUACAGAUGUUGUGCAGAGUAACGCAGGCAGCAAUCACCUCUGGCACAAAACUUGGAUGGACCUCCACCUGGUCCUCAGCAUCCCAAAAGCACUUUCAAUUACAGAACGUGCUUUUGCAUGAUGCCUGUUGAAGGCUACAUGCUCCUUAAUUCUUGGCCUGCUGGUACAGAGUGCUUUGUCGAAGCACCCGUGCAUCAUGCACUGACCCAGGAAAAGCAAUAAAAACAUCUAAAAACUUGCCUUGGUGGUCACACACACAGCUUGCAGGUGUAUUGAUGUAUAGAGCUUCCGCUUCCUGUAGCACUGUGCAUAUGGUUCUCCUGGAGCUUUGAUUCUAACGUGGCACCCAUCUAUGGCACCGACUACAGAUCGAAAAGCUACAUGAUUGGCCAGUUUUACAAAUCCCUCGGCGAUUCUCUGUAAGUCCUCUUGUUUUGGGUAGCAAACGAUUUGGGGAAGAAUUCGCAUUAUUUCUCUGGCCACCCGGUGAAUCACAUCAUGGACUGUAGUACGGGGCAUGGAAGAUGCACGGGAAACAACACGAUAUGCCAGCCAAAAUAACAAAACCAAAACUUCAAUGGUUUUCCCCCAGCCAUGAGUGCUCUCAUUAUGGACCAGCUGGAAAAGCACUUUCAGGGAUUCUCUGUUUAGACGGAAAGUCAGGCUUGGUGUCUUGUGCAUCAUCAACAAAUAAUACGUUUACAGCCAGAGGGCAGUAUUUAGUAUUUAGUUGGCCUUUCUCCCUGUGAGAAAUAGAAAUUGUACAUAGGUAAAGCAAUAUAAAUGAAUUACAUGCAUGUAAA